AUGCGCUUCCCCCUGCCGGCCGCGCCGAGCGCGGCGGCGCUGUCCGCGCUCAUGGCCGCGUGCUGGGAGGCGGAGCGCGCCGGCGGCGCGGCGGCGGCGGGGGACGCGCUGCAGCUGCUGCAGUGGGAGCUGCAGGGGGCACUGCUGGAGGCGGUCGCGGCACGGCUCGGCGCAGGGGACGGUGGCGGCGGCGGCGGCGGUGGCGCGUGGGGCGUCAACGGGGAGGGGCCCGUGGCGCGGCGGCAGGCGGGAGCGGAGCCCGUAAGCGAAAAGGGGGUGCUGCAGCUGCUGUUUGAUUUGAGGGUGAUUAGGGACGUGCUGGCGGGCGCCUUCCCUGCGGAUGGGACUGCCGCGCCGCGCGGCGGCGGCAGCGGCGACGCGGCGCCGGCGCGCUCGCGGUCGCUGGGCGGCAGCGGGGUGCCUGAGGUGGCGUCGGUGGGGCCGGUGGCGGCGGCGGCGCUGGCAGAGCGGCGGCGGCGGUUGCUGGGUCUGGAGCAGCAGCUGCAGGAACGCCUGGACCCCAUCGACUGGGCCACCUACGAGCCGCACCUCUGGGCCAACGCGCGCGCCGCAUACUUCCGCUCAAGCGUGCUGCUCGGCACGCUCGCCCAGCUGCGGCGCGCCUACCCCGACGCCGCGGCCGCCGGCGUCGCCGCCGCGGCGCCGCCGGACAUCAACGCGUUUGGGGUGCUGCCCGUCGGGCCGCGCUUUCAGUACCUGCCGAUCGGCGCGCCCAGCGUCGCGCAGGCGCUCGCGGCGGCACGGCAGCGCGGCGGCGGCGGCGCCGCUGCAGCGCCACAGCUCGCGGCCGCGUUGGCGCCGGGCGCCGGCGGGCUUAAGGGGGCUCCGUCGUCGUUGGCGCCGGGCGCCAGCGGGGCGGCGGCGGCCGCGAGCGACCUCGCGGCUGAGUACAGUCUGGCGGACUUUGGCUCCUCCUCGACCUUUAACAGCCGCUCCGCCGCCGCCGCAGCAGCAUCGCCCACUGCCGCCGCUGCGGCCGCGGACGGCGGGAUGGCGGGCCUCUCCGCCGGCGCCGGCGCCGCGCUCGGCGCGCUGCAGGCGCGGCUGCACGGCGGCGUGCUGGGCAGCGCCUUCACGGGAAUGCUGGGGGACACCGGGGCGGCGGCGGCGGCGCAGAAUAUCGCCCAGAACAUCGGCGACCUCCUGCCCGGCGGCCUCAUGAGCAGCGGGCUCAUGACCUCGUUCACCCAGAGAGGGGCGGCGGCGGCAAAGCGGCCGUGA